UUGGACCUAAAGGAGAAAAGGGAAUUCGCGGAACCACUUGUACAAAAGGCGCAUCCGGUUCGAUUGGAAAGGAUGGAAUUAAGGGUGAUAUUGGACCAAAAGGAGACAAGGGAGAAAUUGGAGUUGGAAUUCCAGGUGCUGUCGGACCUAAAGGAGACAAGGGAAUCAACGGAACCAUCGGCGCAACUGGAAAGGAUGGAAUGAAGGGCGAGAUAGGAAAAAAAGGAGACAAGGGAGAAAUUGGAAUGGGAACCCCUGGUGCUGUUGGAUCUAAAGGAGAAAAGGGAAUUCGUGGAACCACUGGUACAAAAGGCGCAUCCGGUUCGAUUGGAAAGGAUGGAAUUAAGGGUGAUAUUGGACCAAAAGGAGAGAAGGGAGAAAUUGGAGUUGGAAUUCCAGGUGCUGUCGGACCUAAAGGAGACAAGGGAAUCAACGGAACCAUCGGAGCAACUGGAAAGGAUGGAAUGAAGGGCGAGAUUGGAAAAAAAGGAGACAAGGGAGAAAUUGGAAUGGGAACCCCUGGUGCUGUUGGAACUAAAGGAGAAAAAGGAAUUCGCGGAACCACUGGUACAAAAGGCGCAUCCGGUUCGAUUGGAAAGGAUGGAAUUAAGGGUGAUAUUGGACCAAAAGGAGACAAGGGAGAAAUUGGAGUUGGAAUUCCAGGUGCUGUUGGACCUAAAGGAGACAAGGGAGUCAACGGAACCAUCGGAGCAACUGGAAAGGAUGGAAUGAAGGGCGAGAUAGGAAUAAAAGGAGACAAGGGAGAAAUUGGAAUGGGAACCCCUGGUGCUGUUGGACCUAAAGGAGAAAAGGGAAUUCGCGGAACCACUGGUACAAAAGGCGCAUCCGGUUCGAUUGGAAAGGAUGGAAUUAAGGGUGAUAUUGGACCAAAAGGAGACAAGGGAGAAAUUGGAGUUGGAAUUCCAGGUGCUGUUGGACCUAAAGGAGACAAGGGAGUCAACGGAACCAUCGGAGCAACUGGAAAGGAUGGAAUGAAGGGCGAGAUAGGAAUAAAAGGAGACAAGGGAGAAAUUGGAAUGGGAACCCCUGGUGCUGUUGGACCUAAAGGAGAAAAGGGAAUUCGCGGAACCACUGGUACAAAAGGCGCAUCCGGUUCGAUUGGAAAGGAUGGAAUUAAGGGUGAUAUUGGACCAAAAGGAGACAAGGGAGAAAUUGGAGUUGGAAUUCCAGGUGCUGUUGGACCUAAAGGAGACAAGGGAGUCAACGGAACCAUCGGAGCAACUGGAAAGGAUGGAAUGAAGGGCGAGAUAGGAAUAAAAGGAGACAAGGGAGAAAUUGGAAUGGGAACCCCUGGUGCUGUUGGACCUAAAGGAGAAAAGGGAAUUCGCGGAACCACUGGUACAAAAGGCGCAUCCGGUUCGAUUGGAAAGGAUGGAAUUAAGGGUGAUAUUGGACCAAAAGGAGACAAGGGAGAAAUUGGAGUUGGAAUUCCAGGUGCUGUUGGACCUAAAGGAGACAAGGGAGUCAACGGAACCAUCGGAGCAACUGGAAAGGAUGGAAUGAAGGGCGAGAUAGGAAUAAAAGGAGACAAGGGAGAAAUUGGAAUGGGAACCCCUGGUGCUGUUGGACCUAAAGGAGAAAAGGGAAUUCGCGGAACCACUGGUACAAAAGGCGCAUCCGGUUCGAUUGGAAAGGAUGGAAUUAAGGGUGAUAUUGGACCAAAAGGAGACAAGGGAGAAAUUGGAGUUGGAAUUCCAGGUGCUGUCGGACCUAAAGGAGACAAGGGAAUCAACGGAACCAUCGGAGCAACUGGAAAGGAUGGAAUGAAGGGCGAGAUAGGAAAAAAAGGAGACAAGGGAGAAAUUGGAAUGGGAACCCCUGGUGCUGUUGGAUCUAAAGGAGAAAAGGGAAUUCGUGGAACCACUGGUACAAAAGGCGCAUCCGGUUCAAUUGGAAAGGAUGGAAUUAAGGGUGAUAUUGGACCAAAAGGAGACAAGGGAGAAAUUGGAGAAGGAAUUCCAGGUGCUGUUGGACCUAAAGGAGACAAGGGAGUCAACGGAACCAUCGGAGCAACUGGAAAGGAUGGAAUGAAGGGCGAGAUAGGAAUAAAAGGAGACAAGGGAGAAAUUCGAAUGGGAACCCCUGGUGCUGUUGGACCUAAAGGAGAAAAGGGAAUUCGCGGAACCACUGGUACAAAAGGCGCAUCCGGUUCGAUUGGAAAGGAUGGAAUUAAGGGUGAUAUUGGACCAAAAGGAGACAAGGGAGAAAUUGGAGUUGGAAUUCCAGGUGCUGUCGGACCUAAAGGAGACAAGGGAGUCAACGGAACCACUGGUACAAAAGGCGCAUCCGGUUCGAUUGGAAAGGAUGGAAUUAAUGGUGAUAUUGGACCAAAAGGAGACAAGGGAGAAAUUGGAGUUGGAAUUCCAGGUGCUGUUGGACCUAAAGGAGACAAGGGAGUCAACGGUUGGAACCACUGGUACAAAAGGCGCAUCCGGUUCGAUUGGAAAGGAUGGAAUUAA